GAAGGAAACCAAAAAGAAACUUCUUGGAUAGUAGACAAAGAGGAAUUUACCGAGAAAAAUUUAGCCCAAAACUUCAUACUUAAUUCGGCUAUUACGGGGGAAAGGACUGAAAUGAUAAUGAUCAAAGUUCCUCUGACUGAUGAGAAGGCACGAGAGAUAAUUCGUAAAGCACGAGGCAUAGAUGUUACCGAAACUAUUUUUCGGGACAAAAAAAUUGCUGAGGAGUAUCAAGACCAUGAAUUUUGGUUCCGGAGUCCCACAAGCAGAAGAUGGAAUAAUCUCAUGUCAACUAACACUAACCAAUUACCGGCAAUUGAUGAAGAAUUGGCAGAUGACCUGCCUAAUGAGAUAGAGAUGGUGGACGAAGAAGAAGUAUCAGCAGAUUCUUAUGACUAUGUCGAUCCCAAGUUAUACCAAAGAUGA